UUGGAAAUACAUCUGCAAACACAUUUGUGGAUGUUUUAUUAUUUAAUUGACAAAAGCCUGACAACACCCGUGAAUCCUGUGCAUGGCUUUGCACUCCAGCCAUUGCUGCUGCUUUUCGAUGGAGCUUAUGCAUAGAAAAGGGAGGCAUUGUCUUCCCUGACCCGCCGAACUAUGUUCGGUGUGAACAUCAUGUGUCGGGGCCGAAGUGAGCGCGCUAUCCAAGCUCUGUCCAGGUUGUUUUUUAUAAACCUCAUCUUUACCACUACGGCUGUGCAUUUGCCAGACGGUCCUGACCUCAGACAUGACAGUAUCCCUGAAAAUACGGAGCCCUCAACUGCAUACUGUACCAUCCCAGAGAAUGAAUGUAAGCCAGAGAACUGUAGGAAUGGUACAAUCAGUUGUGAAGAUCAAGGACUUGAUUCUUCUGUGGAGUUUGGCUGCUAUACCAGCUGGAGAAAUGGCAGUGAUGGAGUGAAGAUUAUUAAACAGGGAUGUUGGAUAAGGAAUUAUGAGUGCAAUACUAAUAAAUGUGUUGCGCGUCAAGAGGAUCAGGGUGUUUUUUUCUGCUGUUGUAACAAGAACGUCUGUAACACAGAAUUCAGCUAUGAACCCACACAGACUUCUGAUUCAGAUGAAGCCACAACAGAUCCAGGCCCUGUUGUGAACGGUGGUGAUGGUGUGACUGGGAGAAAGCUGAUUAAUACUCUGCUUUACUCGCUGGUUCCAAUAAUUGCCUUGGCGCUUCUAGUUGUCAUCAUAUUCUGGCUGUGGCGUCGUAACAGAAGAACUGGCUUACAGCCUUUGCCUACAGUAGAUCCCUCACCCCUUCCACCCCCGUCACCUAUUCUGGGAUUGUGUCCUCUGCAACUGAUUGAACUGAAAGCCAGAGGGCGCUUUGGAGCGGUGUGGAAAGCUCAACUUAUCACAGAGCUGGUAGCUGUCAAGAUAUUUCCCCUACGUGACAAACCGUCCUGGGUAGCUGAACAGGAAAUCUUCUCUUUACCUCAGAUGAACCACGAGAACUUGCUUCGAUUCAUUGCAGCAGAAAAGCGUGGUGACAAUUUGAACACAGAACUGUGGCUGAUCACAGAGUUCCAUGAACAUGGCUCUCUUUAUGACUAUUUGAAGGGAAAUUUAGUGAGCUGGAGCGAAUUAUGUAAAAUUGCAGAGUCUAUGGCUCGAGGAUUGGCUGUUUUGCAUGAAGAAAAUCCACCAACGAAUGGCAUGGGAGCCAAACCUGCUAUAGCCCAUAGAGACUUUAAAACUAAAAAUGUUUUAUUGAAACAUGAUCUGACUGCUUGUGUGGCUGAUUUUGGCCUAGCACUGAAAUUUACCCCCGGGAAAAGCCCUGGUGAAACUCAUGGUCAAGUGGGCACAAGGCGCUACAUGGCUCCAGAGGUCCUUGAAGGGGCAAUUAAUUUCAGCAGAGAUGCCUUUUUACGUAUCGAUAUGUAUGCUUUGGGUUUAGUGUUGUGGGAAUUGGUGUCUCGCUGCUCAGCUGUGGAUGGACCAGUGUCGGAGCACCGCCUACCAUUUGAGGAGGAUGUGGGUCUUCAUCCAUCAUUAGAGGACAUGCAAGAAAUUGUUGUCCACAGGAAACUCCGCCCGCCUGUCAAGGCUGAAUGGUUACAACACCCAGGGCUGGAAGCGAUGGCUGAAACCAUGGAAGAGUGUUGGGAUCAUGAUGCAGAAGCAAGACUGUCGGCCAAAUGUGUUGAAGAACGCUUCGCUCAAUUUAGCAAAACUAUCAACGUAUCUACCUCAAACAACCAUUUGUCCUCGGUGGUCAUGGUGUCUAACCAAGACAUGCCUCCAAAAGAGUCAAGUAUAUAAAUCCAUGCAGGUGGACUUCAUACGGAGGCAUGAUUCAUGUCACAUGGAAGCGUAACAGUUUGUGCAUGUGGAAAGAGAAAGUGGUGCAUGACCAAAGCCAAGACAAGCUGUGGCAUGGCAUAUGACUACAAUGUGGCAUUUACAGGUGCAACUGCAGCAUCUGGGAAUUUGCUGGGAGCUGUAAUCCUUAAGUACUAAGCCUGCAGAGAAAAUUAGUUUGGCCCUUUCCAGAGUUGCCACAUCCUUACAUGUAACUACUGUCGGUGCAAUUUGCAGUAUAAUUCAGGGAGACUACUGACAAUCGCAUAUACUGAUUUUGGUGACAUGAAAAUUAACCCUACUGGAAAUACCUCGGAAGAAACAUGAACAUUUAACUGGCCACAGCUGCUGUUGGGAUUUAACUGUUGUUUGCCAUGGAACUGGAACCUGGAACUGAACAGUUAUCCAUUGUCACAAGGCUAUUAUUGACAACAGUCUUUUAAUGACAUUCACAGAUUGUUUCCAUGUCUUUUUGAAAGGUUAGGUUUGAUGAUUAUUGUAGGAUGUCUCCAAUGUAUGUUUUGUAUUUGGAGUUGGAGGUAUUGUUCAGUAACGUUUGUAAGUGUGGUGAUUAGUACUUUUAACAGGUACGCUUGAAACUACUGACCAUGAUUUUGCAAACUGGAGCAUUGUGCUAAUCAAAGUGACCAUGUAUUGUAAACACAGUGUGUUUAAAAGCCUGUUAAUGAGAGGACAGCAUUAUAUUUCUGGAGCUUCUCUCUUCUUGUUACAAAGCAUUUUUAUAAUUUAGCAGGCAUUGCAUUCAGUGUUAUAUCAGAUUCCUCCUCACAGAAGUGAACACACCCUGCACAGAUACUGUGUGUGUAGGGUACAGUGUGUAGGCUAUUCAAGGCUGUACUGGUAAGUUGCUGUGUAAAAUGAACUUGUACAGGUGAAUUGAAAAAAGGACGACAUCAAGGUGAUAAGCCUGAUCAUAGUCAUACACUGGUAAAAGACAUAUGGCCAACGGGGGUAAUGAGCACACACGUGGCUGUUCACUCCACUCCAGCCCAUGUUUUACAUGUGGAUAUAGGAGAGUGUGUGACUAUGACCAGGCCUUGCUUGAUCAGGAGAGUAAUAUGUGUUCAGUAAAACAUAUUUCAUUAUAAAACUAAAUGGAGGACUAAUAGUGAUGUAAUUAUACUAUGGUUUGUUCUACAUAUUCACAUAUACUUGAGUGGAAUUGCAGUGCUUUUUGUAAUGAUAUACAUACUGAUGCGGCUUCUGCUUCUUGUGCUCAUUGUGUAUUAUAUAUGCCUGCACUUUCUCCCCUGGCUUUCUUGCUAACCCUCUGGCUUUAUCAUGGUCAUAUUAAAUCAUGCUGUAUUUCAUCCAGGCUUGAGCAGCCAUUGUAUAUAACUUUAGCAGUGAGUAGAUAUCAGAGAGCUGUGCCAGUUGUAUUUGCCCAGCUCCCUAGCUAACCUGUACCUACAGCCCCUCCCUUCUCCAUGAUAUUGAAUGAAACACAUUUAUGCGUGUCUGCACCAUCCAGUUACUUUGUAAACAUGAUGUACUUGUCUAUGUAAGUAGGUCUUCUGACAAUAUAGUCUAAAGCAUACCGGAUCAAAAGUUUGUCUCUCUGUAAGAAUAGGAUUUUAAUAAAGGGUUGAAUGGGAAAUCAGAUCGGUAUUCUGGAGAUCCUUUAUGGCUCAGCAACUGUUUAAUAUGAAAUAGAUCAACCUCAUUUUUAAUUCUCAUUAUUAACCCAAGAAUGUGUCUGUUUCAAGUUUGUCAGAUGGAGUAGAUCAUUAGGAGCUGUUUCCAAACAGAAACAAUAAUCAAGACAAGAUUGCUGGGAGGGUGAUUUUUCAUUUUAUCAUUAAUGUGUUGUAUGUUUACUAGUGUUAGCAAUACAUAUUUUUGAAUAUAGUUGUGUUCCACUUUUAAAUCUGUGCUAAAUUUGUUUAAUGGAAGCAGCUGCUAAGCCAUUCCUAGUUUUCGUGGAGAAAUGACAAUUGAACAGCGUGAAGGGACUUGGUGUGGUUAGCCAUGCCCAUGUGUAAAUAGUGCUACGGCUGUCUGCUCUUGUACAGAUGUGUGAACAUGUACUUGUCUGAACAACUACAUGUAUUGCAAGGGUGUCCAUGCCAAAUCGUGAAUUUUUAGCUGCCUUGUAAACUUAAAUAUAUGUCUUUUGCUCUUCUGUGUGUUCUCACUUAAGGUCAGCAAAUGAAAUGAUCUGAUGUUAAUUUGGAGGAUGAAUCCCUUUUCAGAUGCAGAAGCUGGUGAAUUGGAUUUGUAUUGAUCCAAUAAUCGCGCACAAGAAAACUAUUAUCAGGAG